AUGGCUCAACCGACAGGGGAUGUCGCCCACCAAAUCGCCCAAUUAAACGCCGCCCGGAACCUGGUCCUCGGUGACGCCGCUUUCUACCCGCAGAUCAUAACCGGUAUCCUUCCUAUUGUCGGACCUCAUGCGAAACUACAAUUGCGUCGUUGGGGCGCGGACUUCCUAGCUGAGACUUUCGCCAGUCCUCAGCUGGCGGCCGCGCAGAAGGAGCAGUUGGCACAAAAUGUCUUGCAGAGCAUCCAAGAGACCCUGCUCUUGCCGGAGACGGACCCGGCUGUCCUGCAGAGCUUGGUGCAGACCACAGCAAGCUUGUACCCCAUUAUAUUUCGCCAUGUUGUGAGCCACCCUGCAGAUAGCCAGUCAUGGGAAAAAAUGAACACAAUCAAGCAAGAAAUCCUGCGCCGCAUGGACACUUUCCCAUGUGCUGUCAAGAUUUGCUGCGUCAAGUUCCUACAAAGAGUGGUCCAGGUCCAGACACCUGGUCUAAUUGCCGAUCCCAGACGACCAGAUCAGAAUGAAACCUCCUUGGCUAUCGUUCCCCGAACCCACGCGCUCCUUAGCAUUCCACACCUGGAGGCCGAAUCAUCGGGCCUACUUGAUAGACUUUUGGGUGUUUUCCAAGAAGAGACAAGUGACCCUCUCCUUGUCAAUGCCACUUUAAACUGCCUCGCACCUUUGAUCCGCACUCGCCAGUCAAUCGCAAACAAGAUCAUCAAUACCGUUCUAGAUUUCUACCCAUCGAAACAUGUCCGCCCACCAUUUACGCCCACUGUUCGAGUUGGCGUUAAGUCAAUGGAACGGACUGCUCGCGCUUUACUUAUCCAUAUUUUGAAAAAGAAUCCGACCCACCCCCUUCUAGGGAAGAUGCAAGUCUAUAUUGAGCGACUUAUGCAGUCUCGACUGGAAGUGGUAGAUGAUGCUUCUCGAAAACGGAUGCUGCCAAAUGAACCCACUGACGGCCUUGAUACCGCCAAGCGCGUUCGUCUCGAUGCUUUGACCCCGACUACACUCCAGAUUCCUCCGAUGCUACCAGGCCCAGCGAGCUAUGAUAAGCUCUUUACGCUGACUCAAGAUGCGGGUCUUUCCUCCUUCGACGUCCAACAGCUGCCCCUCGAUCUUGUCGUCAAGAUUGCUGUGCCCCUUCUUGUCCAAGUCAACCCGACAAUGCUAACGCAAGCCGUUGAUGCUAUCCGAAGUCGAUAUGAAACAAUAACAAAGGAGCAGAACCUAGCACGUCAGCAGCAGCAACAGCCCGCGGCUACGGCAGAUGAAGAUGACGAUUAUGAACCCGAAUAUCAACCAAUGGACGUAACAGAUAAUUCUGCAGAAGAGGCCAGUGUCGCCGUGCCCGAGAUGCCUGAAUUCCAACCAGAACUAGUAUCUCUGGGUCCAUUCGUUCUGCCUCAGCCACCCCCACUGAGUGAAGAAGAGGCCGGGGAGGUCGGUCGUAGUGCUGUUGCGCGCGUAUUUUCUAUGAUCACUGUUGCGGAAACCGAUUCAUCAUCCGCCAAGAACAAAAACCAGCAACAACUAGGCUUUGCACGACUGGCUGGAAGCAACUUUGACCGAGAUGCCUGGGUUUUGCUCCUUACUCGGUUGGCCACCCGCGCUCCAGCUGGCCUGGAAGGCAGUGAUAAGAUGGGCAAAAAUGGUGAAGGCCGGAGACAACCCACCAUCUCCGAUUCAAUUCGUGAAACCCUUUACCGGUACAUUUUGGAAGAUUUCCGGGGCCGGUUGAAUAUUGGUAUCACUUGGCUCAAUGAGGAGUGGUACAACGACCGUAUUCAGAUGAAGGUCGUCGCGUCUAAGCGCUAUGACGAUGAGGAUGCUGAGCCGACGGUGGCCUGUCACUAUGAUACCUGGGUCCUUUGUCUUCUCGAUGGAUUCCUACCUUAUAUCGACUCGCGCGAUAUCAAAGUGAUUGUUCGCUUCCUCAGUGAAAUUCCCGAGAUCACUGUCGACAUUACCCAAAGAGUAGCCAGCCUCGCUAAGGAUCCCGAGCGUGUGAACCUCUGUGUUCAGGCCUUAAUGUACUUGAUUAUGUUCCGACCUCCAGCACGGGAGAUGUGUCUGAACACUCUCGAGGACGUUUAUCAAACCUACGAGGAAUCCCGCCCGGCAGCAGGCAAGGUCUUGGCCAAGUGGCGCCCACAACAGACACAGCCCGCAGAGGCCGUCACCAAUGGAACAUCAAGUACAGCACAGCCUGAGCAAGUUAGUGCUGCGCAGUAG